UAUCAUUCCCGUCAUGGGACUUUCCUCCAAUCAAGAAGCGAAUGGAUACGCCCCCAGCCAAUCGGGGACUAAAGGAGGCGGUUUUACUAGAGACAGCCGAAAAAGCAAAACUUUCACGUGCAUUGUGGUGGGGGUGGCUUGACGUCAGAAGCAAGCGACAGAGGGCCGGGUAAUGAUUGGCUGGUUUGAAGUUGAGGGUUGUUGGCGCUAUGGCACCGGCUACCGGGAGCGUUCGGAAGCGGCAGGGGCGAGGCACCACAUUGAUGGAUGAAUGGGUCGCCGAAUUUAUAAGACGCACAAUACUGAAAAUCUCGCUUUCCGAGGCCUUAACCACGUUAAAGGCGUGGGGUUUCCUAUCAGAAGGAGAGUUACAAACUCUGAAUCUGCGGCCAAAGGAGCUCCUGGCCAUGGAAGUGGUCCAGCUGUGUGAGGGUAAAAAUGCAACAAUGAAGGAUGCAGCUAAUCUUGAUUUUGUCUUUAAUCACGCCAAUUCAGAAAAGAAGAGUUGGAGUGUUUAUCAAAUGUCCAAAACGUCAGACUCUGAAAUUGAUUUCUUCGACUUGUCAGAAUACAAGCUUCAGUUUAGAAAAGCCAUUCACUCUGUGUCCAAAAAUGUGACCAUUCACUUCAAAGAGUUUGGAGAAGCCGUGUGGAUCCGAAUAGCUUGGGGCAAGAACCAUAUCCAGCCAAAUCAGUACAAGCCAACAUUCGUGGUAUAUCACUCGCAGACUCCAUAUGUCUUUGUGACCAACUUGGGCAAGAGUUUCCGACCGUUGCUAUGCCAGGCCCUUGUAGUUGCAGCCAGUUAUAGUCAGAUUCAAGAGCUGGAACUGAAGAGUCGAAGUCUGGAGUCCUUAAAGGAUAUAGUGUUCAAGAGAUUUCACCAGCCUUUCCAGUCUUAUCAUCCUCGGCCGCUUCAGGAAGGAAAUUAUAAUCCGGCAAUAGUUGAUCCGAGGGUUACUUACGAAAACAUGAGAGAAAAGGAAAGGAUCCAUCACAUUACUCGGGAGACCUUCGGAGAUGGACAGCUGCCAAAGCUAGAAUUUGCUUCGUACAAGCUGGAAACCACGUUUAAAAGCACAGGCGCUGUCCCUCCCCGACCCGAACCCUACCGCUGUGUUGUGAAGUUCUCCAGUCCUCAUCUUCUGGAAUCCAUCCGAUCCUUGGCACGAGCAGGCAUCUCAGAUGCUCCGGUUUCCAAUUUAUUGACAUGCAUCCCCCAAAAAGCCAGAAAUAUAUUUAAAAUCACUGAAAAGCAGCGAGCCUUGCACCCCACCCCGAGCCAGCAGCCCCCGUUGUGACGUUUGGAAGGACAAUCUCUGACAGAAAUUGCUUUUAUGACCUGUUCGAGUCCCUUUGUACAGUUCCACAGUACUGGCUGUGCUCACCGGAGCGAUACUCACCAGAGCGAUGCUCACCUGAGUGUUGGACACUUUUUUUUUUUUUUUUUGCAUUUUGCACCUAAACAUUGUAAUAUUUAUACAGUAUUCUAAAGCUUUUAUUGACUUUCGAUUUUGAUACUUUUCAGGGUGCCAGAAUGCACACAUCUCACCGUCCUUUCAUUUCUAUAUGUUAUUAAUUGUGCGUGUCCAGUAGGAACGGGUGUUUAUUUUACUGUUACCGUAUAAAAGGCCGUUACUGAUAAUAUCACAAGUC